AUGAAUCGAAAACACCCACAGCACGAGUCGCAAACGGCUAGUCAAAUAUCCCGCUCAUCCGCAAAGGUUGACAUCGCUAUGAUUUGCGAUAUCAAGUUGACAUCCAAGCCCAUACCCCUGAAACGAGAAGCCGCGCGUAGAAACCGAGUUAAUGAACACGGUGAAAACGAUCUGGAGAAGGGGAAGGGGACGCUUUCAGGUCUCACUCUCACACCUCACGACGUCGAGGUUAGCAUUCGAUGGAAUAUGGUUUUCACAUGGCAGGCGCCUAUCAUGCUCCUAGCAUACUCCGUUAUGGCAUUCCUCGUGGGUAUGACCGUAUACAAUGUUCUUGAGCUCAAACGAUUAUAG